UAAAAGGAUCACUUUUUACUAAAACUCCCACUGCAACAAAAAUUCUAGCGAGUAUAUUUCAUCUACCAAAAUGAAUAUCAUCUUUGUACUAUUAAUCUCACCCUUUGCAUUGUGGAGCAUAGCUAGUGUGACAUCUCUGCAAUGCUACAACUGUAAAGAUAUGAAGAAUAACACAGAAUGCAAUAGCCUUCCAGUUGAAACAUGUGCUCCUUCGUUUAAUGUUUGCUUAGCAACAACAGAGAAGUUGUUUAAUGGUGCAAAAAUAUCCAAAAAGUGUGCUGUGACUGGCGAAUGCAACCAAGUUAAUUAUGAUAUAAAGAUUCUAGCACGCAAAAUGGAAUGUUGUGGAAGUGAUUUGUGCAACAGAGACGCUCCCUGGAAUGGACAAACCGCUUUGCAAAGCAACGUCAUCUUGGCAACAGCAUGUGCUUUGGUCCUUUGUGUCAUCAAGAACAUGUAGAUUGUAUAUCACUUGACAUCAGUAAAGAAGUAAUAAAUGGGAUGGAAUACAGAUGUUGAAGAAAUACAGUUAUCUCCACAAAACGCGUUUCUAAUUUACUGCUUUCCAGAAAAUUUGUUUCUAAUUCAGCGAUCUGUACAAAAUGUCUUUCUAACUCAUUAAUCUGUACAAAAUGUGUUUCUAAUUCAGCAAUCUGUACAAAAUGUGUUUCUAAUUCAGCGAUCUGUACAAAACACGUUUCUAACUCAGUAAUCUGUACAAAAUGUGUUUGUAAUACAGUGAUCUGUACAAAAUGUGUUAAUAAUACAGUAAUCUGUACAAAAUGUGUUUAUAAUACAGUGAUCUGUACAAAAUGUGUUUCUAACUGAGAGUUCUGUACAAAAUGUGUUUCAAACUCAUUAAUCUGUACAAAACGCGUUUCUAACUCAGCAAUCUCUACAAAAUGUGUUUAAAAUACAGUGAUCUGUACAAAAUGGGUUUCUAACUCAUUAAUCUGUACAAGACGCGUUUCUAACUCAGCAAUCUGUACAAAAUGUGUUUCUAAUACAGAAAUCUGUACAAAAUGUGUUUCUAAUACAGCAAUCUGUACAGAAUGAGAUUCUAAUUUAGUGAUCUCUAAACAAAGUGUUUCUAAUUCAGUAAUCUCUACAAAAUGUUUUUGUAAUAUAACAAUCUUAACAAAACCUUUUUUUAAUGAAGUGAUCUACACAAAAUAUGUUUCUAAUGCAGUAAGCUCUACCAAAUGCCUUUCUUAUGCAGACAGCAGAUCUAGGACAUGAUUUCCUUCCACUCCUGUGCUCACUAAAUAUUAUUAUAUUUAGCUACAGUGAAUUGAAACAUUUGUGCAAUUUACUUGUAUUAGCAAAGAUGCUUCCAAUAAAAGUUGUUACGGUUUCAGCAACAUAUGUAGAUAUGCUGCUUAUCCCCCAGCACCAGUAUUCAUUCGCCUGGUAUAUAAAUUGGGCCAGUGAUUAAUUUACACACAUAGCACAGUGUUUGAAUUCUGGUGCAGGGCAUGCGCGGUAUAGGUCCAUAUGACGCUGGAACUGUGUUAGCUUUUACUAGAGAAAUACAAGUAGAUUGCAAAAAUACUUCUUUCCCAAACUGAAAUGCCCUCACUUACACUGCAAUUUCCAAUGUUAUGUGUUUUUUUUAUAUAGGGAUUAAUUGCUAAGGGGAAAUAUGAUGAGGAAUUCAUUGUGGGGUCAUGUUGUUUCUAUUAUUUGCGUUUGCAGGAGCGCAAUAAAUUGCCGCUCCACUUGAAAUCUAACCCUAAACAGGGAGAAAAUCUUACAGUACAUUGUCCCUUUAAUUUUUAAAGGACAACUCAAUGCAGUAGAAUUACAUAAUUAACAUGUGCAUAAUAAAAAGACAAUGCACUAGCAGUUACUCUGAAUUUCAAAUAAGCAGUAGAUUUUUUUCUGACACAUUUAUUUUUUUCUCCCAUUGUCCGGCCCCCUGUAUCAUGUGACGGACAUCAGCCAGUCACAGACUAGUAUACAUAUACCCUGUGAGCUUGUGCACAUGCUCAUUAGGAUCUUGUUCCCCAGAAAGUGUAAAUAAAAAAACACUGUACAAAAUUUGAAAAUGGAAGUAAAUUGGAAAGUUUCUUAAAGGCCAUUAUGUUACAUUUGCUUUUAACAAACCAUGUGCACAUGUCUGCAGUUUUGCAACGAUGUUAAACAUUAGCAAAAGCACUAUUUCCUGUCAUGUAGUGCUUCAGGCAUGUGCACAAUACCUAUCUAUAGAUAUCUCUUCAACAAGUAAUAACAUGAGAAUGAAAUAGGUUUGAUAAUAUAAGUAAAUUGGAAAAUUCUAAAAUUGGGCAAAAGUUGGAAGUGAUGUGCCCUGGGGUUCUGAUUUAACUUCUCUUUAUUCUGUUUAUUAAUGAUCUUUUAAGGAACAUUGAAACUCAACUGUAUUGUUUGCAGAUGAUUAAAGGGAUGAUGAUGAUUAAAGGGAUUCAAGUCCUUUAUGAUUCAAGUAAAGCAGUUUUAAAAUCCUGCUUAGCACUCAAAGGGUUAAAGGGACUAUGGUCUAGAUUUAUGAAGCAGCAGAUGCCCAUUUGCGGGCGUGCAAUAAAUAAGUGGCUGGUUUUUGCUACCGCAAUCUCUGGUUAAUUUUAUAAACAUGCCUCAAAUGUCCCCAAAAUACAUAUUCUACCAUUUUUAUUUUUUAGUAAAAUAACUGCACUAGGCAGAAUUCUGGCGGUAAGGUUGGUGGGAGUGCGGUAAUAGAAAAAAAAAGCACUGAAAAAUGCCUUUACAUUGCCGUCUAUGGAAACUGUGUGUUCCCUGUAAAUUUAUAUGUUAAUACUUAUGUAUAUGUGUAUAUACAUAUCUAUUUAUAUUUGCUGCCAUCGCUGCGCUACUUAACCCCAUUCGCUGUGCUAAGGUUCUGAUGUCGUCUCUCCAUUGGAGUCUAUGGAAGCACGCUCUUGUGAGCUUACGUUCGCAUUGCUCUUAACUAGUAAUACCAGCGCACAAUAGCGUGCGCUGGUUUUACUUCAUGCAGCCUAAUAUCGCUUUCAUGAAAGCGAUAUUUAGCACUCCACUUGUAAUCUAGCCCUUAAUGUCCCUUUAAUAUGUAGCUGUGUGUUUGUAAAUUAGAUUAGCUGAUCACACAUUGAAAACAUAAAUGUAAAAGUAUUAGAUUAUAUAACAAGGGUCCUUUAUCUAAUCUCUGACGGGGACAAUUAGGGACAAAUAUAAAUUAGUUUUUUACUGUCCCUUUAAUUUUCACAUAUAGAAAUUGUAACAGUUGAAACCAGUAGAAAACUAGAACAUUUUGUAUUAUACUAUAUUUCAGGUUUAUUCUUCACAUCUUUUUGGGAUUUGCAGGAAUGUUCUGGGUCAUUUUUAUGUAAUUGUAUUAAAUGACAGCGUAAUGUAUGUUUUAUUUAUGAAGGUUUGCAGUAUAUAAGAAAGUGAAUGAUACUCGCUUUGUGUUGAAAAUCUUUUUUUCACUGCAGUCAGAAAUGUCAUUAAAAAUUAUGAAUGUCAUACUUUAAUAAGCAAAUUGAGCAUUGUAUAUAUUAAUAAAAUAAUUUGAUGUGUAUAAAUAUAUAUAUAUAUAUAUAUAUGUAUAUAUAUAUGUAUAUAUAUAUAUAUAUAUAUAUAUAUAUAUAUAUAUAUGUAUAUCUAUAUUUAUAUACAUACAAGUCUUUAAAGGAAAAGUAAACUAUCGUGCACCUCUAUGCCGCAACGCAAAAUACAUCUAAAAUAAGGUUGGGUUUAAUUCAUGAUUUUUUUUUGUAUUAAUAAAGUUAUAAUUUUACCUUUCAAUCCGCUAUUAUAUAUUGCUGUCACUCUGCCUGGAUAUAAAAAAAUGUUUAUUUUGAAAUAA